AUGUAUGCAUCAACGGGUGGAGGAAAUGGAGCGAAAAGGUCGCCGUCUGGACCGACAGGUGGACCAACGACUGACCUUGUGGAACUAGUUGAGGAGGAGAAGGAGCAGAAGAACUGGAAAGGGAUUAUCAUCGCUGUGCUUGUCAUUAUAUUAGUGGCUUCUUGUAUCGUUGUUGCUGUCAUUAUAGUCACUCCAGAAGAGGUAAUAGAGAGGAAGGGUGAUAAGCUGUCAAUUGAAGAGUUGGUGAACGGGGCUUACCAGCCGUAUGCUGUAAAUCCAAUUUGGUCAAAAGAUGGGCGAAGUUUGCUGUACAAAAACCAAGACGAUGAAUUGGUUGUUGUCGAGUGUGACAGCAACUACAGUUCAAUAUUCCUGGAUAGUUCACCAUAUAGAGAAUCAUUGGCAUCCGACUUCCUGAUAUCUCCUGAUAGAAGCUUCAUUCUCUUCAUCCACAGGAGAAAGAAGGCUAUUCCCCAUUGA